AUGCCGAAUCUAACAUCCUUCCCUCACCUUACCUCAACGGGACCCCCUCCAUCUGCUCGUGAUGUUGCCUUUGUGUACCGGCAGUCCUUCUCUAAGCUCGUCGAGGCGGGUACUCUGCGACCCUUUGUCUUUCCGUAUCAUAUGUACGGCUAUGUCUUGCUUAUGAUCUACCUCUGCAUUCCUCAUACAAAGCGGCCCUGGCUGUAUACAGCGAGAUGGCUAGUGCUAGGGGUGAUAUCCGCUUUCCAGUGGAAGACAUUGUGGCAGACCAGUAGCGCCAGUCCAGCGAUAAGCUUUGCAGCGGGCUUGGUGGCAGCGUGGAUUUGGGUGUGGGCUUGGGUGUGGUUGAUAUUUUACCGCCCGCAAUCGGAGUCAAAGAGGGUACAGAGACGAGAGACGAGUUCUAGAAUAAGAAGUGAGGCUAUUGCUGGAAUCUCGACAUCGCGAGAGAACGGACAUGUUAUGGAUCGGCCAAACGGAGACUCAACUCUUAAACAACGAAGAGGGGGACCUUCCCACAGGGCAGAGGAAAAUGGAGCUGUUCUCCGGAAAAGCUCUGAAAUUCUCGAAACUCCCGUGGAGGCAAAUGGACGAGCACAGGAUGCCGGAACAAGCUCUUCGACUUUGGGAAGAAGUCUUUCAAACGGGAAAGUCCCAGGAAAGGGCGUUGAAGUGGAGGAAUACUAUUGGCAAUCGUACCCGGACAAGCUGGGAGAACGUAUUUCAUGGGUCAUUGACCUUGUUCUAAACUUCCGUGGACCAGGAUGGAACUGGGCGAUUGACCCGCUUCCCCUCCCCCCUCUAUAUAUCAGUCAGCAACUCGGAGGCCCUAUUGACGACUCUUCUCGAACCGGACGAUCCUUUACCGGUCUUAAGUGCUAUAACACACGUCGAGAGCUAUUCCGGGCACGGUUCCCACAAUUUAUAAUUGGCUACUUCGUCCUUGACGCCCUCAAAGUCCUGUUAAUGAAAGACCCAUACUUCAUUUUUGGCCCAAAUACCUACGAUUUGCCUCCGCUCCUCCAGCAUCUACACCCUGAGGCUCUGAGGUUUGUCCGUCAAGUUGAGAGCGCCUGUGUGAUUAUUGUCACUCUCGAAAUGCUACUUUUCCUAGCUCCUCUAGGAAUGUCCUCUCUUCUAGGGCCAAAGGUCUUAGGUCAACGUGCAGAAGCAUGGUAUUACCCAACAACAUGGGGAUCAUUCUCCAUAGUCUUAGACAAAGGCUUGAACGGUCUUUGGGGAAGUUGGUGGCACCAGACUUUCCGUUUUGCUUUCGCUGCUCCGACAGUCUCUCUUGAAAGCAACGGCUACAUUCAUGCUCGAUCGAAGGCUACAAAGCUCAUUGCUCUUUUCUUCGCAUUCGGGAUCUCCGGGCUCCUCCAUGCUGGUGGCUCAAUUACGCAACUCCCGCACUCACAUCCCUCUAAUCCAAUGUAUUUCUUCAUGUCACAGAUACUAGGCAUCUUCAUCCAAGCUAUAUUCUGCACCAUCUUCCAUCCAUCCCUCAAGGCCCUUCCUAAGACUGUAAGACGGACAGGGAAUUUAGUUUUCGCUGUGGGAUGGAUGUUUUACACUGGUUGGCUGCUCACGGAUGAUUUUGCGAGAGGCGGAGUUUGGCUUUACGAGCCAAUUCCAUUCAGUCCCUUGAGGGGACUAGGGUUUGGAGGAAAAGGUGAUGGAUGGUGGUGUUGGGGCGAUCAUAUCGGUAUCGGCUGGUACACCGGUAAACAUUGGUGGGAAAGUGGGAUUGCAAUAUGA